CUGGCAACCAGUUGAUGAUCAGGGAAGGCAAAUGUGAGUAUAAAUGCCUGAAGGAGGAGGAGCAGUGCCAGUCUUCACUGGUCACUGCUACUGUUGUUGCUGGAGUUGAAGCAAGGAUGAGGAUCUUAACUGCUACCAUGGUGAUGGCGGCGAUGGUGUGUGGCGUACUGGCUGAGCUUGGUUAUGGUGGUGGUGGCGGCCACGGUGGUGGCGGCCACGGCGGUGGCGGCUACGGCGGUGGUGGUGGUGGUGGUUAUGGAGGCGGACGUCAAGGACCCAGUAUUAUCCGUGCUGAGCUUGUUGGGCGUCACACUAGUACAAGUGGUGGUGGUGGUUACGGCGGCGGCGGUAGCGGUUACGGCGGCGGCGGUGGUGGUGGUGGUGGUGGUUACGGCGGCGGUGGUGGUGGUGGUUAUGGAGGCGGCUACAGAGGCGGACGUCAAGGACCCAGUAUUAUCCGUGCUGUGCUUGUUGGGCGCCACACUAGUACAAGUGGUGGUGGUUACGGCGGCGGUGGUGGUGGUGGUGGUUAUGGCGGCAACAUCGGCGGCGGCGGCGGCGGUGGUGGUGGUGGUUAUGGCGGAAGCUAUUGAGGUGGCGGGGGAUGGUAAUCCUACAAGUGAUAAAGAUGCGAUGCAAAUGUUCUAAAGCAGCCAUUACCCAUUACUGCAUUAAACUUGCACAAAUUUCAGCUACUGCAGACGCUGACCACAAAUGGUUUUAGUUUUGUUAAUCAAAUGAAACAUCAAAAGUGGUCAAUGUUUUUAACUAAUAGGGUUAUUAAUUUAAUGUAUUGUUGUGACGUUUGUUUUCUUGUUUCUGGAAUAAUAUUGAAAAUUUCAAAAAAGCCUAAUGUGCGUCAGACAAAACAAAUUAAUGAAUUAUUAAUAAUCAUUUGUCAUUUACAUUCUUGUUUACUGAUUAGAUUUUAUUAAAUAUAUCUAACCUGACCUUAUCAAACCCAUCCAAA